AUGGCGCCCAGCGGAGAGGGGUGCCCUUCCCUCUGUUCGGGACUCUUUGCCUCCUUCCACUUCAGCACCCUUUUGGGGCUGAGCUGCCUCUUUUUCACUUUCCCCUGCAGCUGGCUGGCCCUGAACGUCUCCUGGGCCUUUCCCGUCAUCUGUGGCCACCUUCUUAUCCCGACCAUCCUCUACUUCUUCCUCACCAGUUUCACCGAUACAGGAAUUCUCCACAAAGGCAUUGAAGAAGAGCUGGAGAACCAGGCCAACACCCUAGGGAGCCUCCAGCAACACUGGUGCAACAAAUGCCAGCUGUACUGCUUGCCACACACUUUCCACUGUUCCUGGUGCAACACUUGUGUGGAGGAAUUCGACCAUCACUGCAUGUGGGUGAACAACUGCAUCGGCUGCCACAACUUCCGCUUCUUCCUCCUCUUCGUCUUCUUCCUGACCAGCUACGACCUGGCCGUGCUCAUCACCUGCCUCACCUACCUGGCGCUCAACACCCAGCAGCCCUUCGGCGUGGAAAAGAUCUGCACGGUGCUCCUGACCAUCCCCGCGGGCUUUUCCCUCGUGCCGCUGCUCAUCCUGCUGUCCCACCAGAUCAUCACCGUGGUAGCAGCUCAGGACUCGGGCAAGUUCAAGGCCCUGUCCUGUAGCCGGUCCUCAGCCUGGGAGAGUAAUCUCUUUGCUUGGUGCAAGCUCCACGAAGCCAAGUAA